GGUCUUUCUUCCGGGCUCCCUCCGAGGGCUGCCUCCCCCGCCGCUCUACGGGCUCUGCUUCCACACCCUCUCCCCCAGCUCCUCCGCGCCCCUCCCUCCUGUCGCGCUCGCCCCCUCUUCCUUGCAGCCGAGUUCAGCGCGGCAGCGGCAUGGGCGACACGCCAGCAACAGAUGCCGGGCUCCCAGAUGUGCAUCCUUAGGCCACGCUGAACGCCCGCGGAAUAGAGAAGGAACCAGAGGAGCGCCGGGAAGGCGGGACGAGAGGUGCCGAGAUUCCCCCCUAAAAGGCAGAAGCCCCCGCCCCCACCGGAGAGCUCCGCGCCAGCAGAGCUCAGCUUGCCUGCUGUCGCUGCCGCCCGCGCCCACCUCUCCCCAGCCAUGCCAGGCCGGGCCGCGGCCGGGGGCGAAGUCCCCUUCCGCCACGCCACAGAGGGGAUCCGUGCGGGGGUCGAGGGCUCGCCGGACGGCGGCGGCCCGGAGAGGCCGGGCGCACGCGGGCAACGGCAGGACAUCGUCUGGAGGAACGUCGUCCUGAUGAGCCUGCUCCACUUGGCGGCCGUGUACUCCCUGGUGCUCAUCCCCAAAGCCAAGCCGCUCACUCUGCUCUGGGCCUACUUCUGCUUCCUCCUGACUGCUCUGGGUGUGACAGCUGGUGCCCAUCGCUUGUGGAGCCACAGGUCCUACAAGGCCAAGCUGCCUCUGAGGAUAUUUCUGGCUGCCGCCAACUCCAUGGCUUUCCAGAAUGACAUCUUUGAGUGGUCUAGGGACCACCGGGUCCAUCACAAGUACUCGGAGACCGAUGCUGACCCCCACAAUGCCCGCCGAGGCUUCUUCUUCUCUCACAUCGGGUGGCUAUUUGUUCGCAAGCAUCGAGAUGUCAUCGAGAAGGGGAGAAAGCUUGACUUCACUGACCUGCUGGCUGAUCCUGUGGUCCGGUUCCAGAGAAAGUACUAUAAGAUCACCGUGGUGCUCAUGUGCUUCGUGGUCCCCACGCUGGUGCCCUGGUGCAUCUGGGGAGAGAGUCUGUGGAAUUCCUACUUCUUGGCCUCCAUCCUCCGCUAUACCAUCUCUCUCAAUGUCACCUGGCUGGUCAACAGUGCCGCCCACAUGUAUGGAAACCGACCCUAUGACAAGCACAUCAGCCCUCGGCAGAACCCACUGGUCACUCUGGGUGCCAUUGGUGAAGGCUUCCACAAUUACCAUCACACCUUUCCCUUUGACUAUUCUGCGAGUGAAUUUGGCUUAAAUUUCAACCCAACCACAUGGUUCAUUGACAUCAUGUGCUGGCUGGGGCUGGCCACUGACCGCAAACGGGCAACCAAGCCAAUGAUCGAGGCCCGGAAAGCCAGGACUGGAGAUGGCAGUGCUUGAACCUGGAACCGCCAUCCAACGUGUCUGCCCUUGACACCUUGGUUCAUGCCUUCUGUUAUUAUAGUUCUCUUGUCCAUUGGAAGGUGGGAAGGGGUAGAGGGUAGAAGGGAACAGAAUCUGUGGGUUGGGAAUUUUUUGUUUCUCUCAAAGCCAAGAUACAACUAUCGAUGAAAAAAAAAUUUUUAAGUCAAUGUAACUAUAGUUUAACGUUAGAAUGUGGACAUGUGAUUUAAUCGCUGUAGCUACAAUAUGUCAAACAUACAUCCUCAUAUGCUUGUACAUAAUGUUAACCCUGACAGGAUGAAGGAAUUUAAUAUUCUUUCAGUGUGAUUCAGGAGAGCAUUUCUUUUUUUUUUCUACCAACUAACCCAGCAUUAUUUUUAAACACACUAUCUGAAGGAGCAGAGUCAGGUAGAGGACAGAAGCAGUGGUCUAAGUAGUAACUAAAGACUGUUUCUGUUUCGUAGUUGUGCAUGUUUUUGUUGUUUUUAAGUUAGAAAAUUGAACAUUUUUUAGAAUGAGAAUAUAGAAAAUGGGUCUCUAGGUUUUUGUUUUUUGUUUUUUGGUUUUUUUUGCCCUGUUUACAGCUUGUUAAUGCUCUAUGGUGUUUGCUUCAAAAAAGAUCUGUUCACUGCCCAGCUACUUGUGUGUCCUGAGCUAUACUCCCAGUCAACCCUAUAAAUCAGUGCCUGUUUAGGGGUUUGAUUUUGUUCUCUUUGCUAUUGUCAUUUUAAAGGUGUAUUAACUCAGACAUACCAGACAUCAAAUUAAGCUCAAAUUAAGCUCUCAUUUCAAUGUUUAUAUACUAAUUUAUAUUCUAAUUGACCUCAGCCAGUGAUGCAUGUACUUUAGCUGCUUUUGCUAAAUAAGCAUAUUAAUUUUCCACACCAGUCCAUCGGAUCUUAUUAACCAACAGUUAUCUAGAACUCAGUUUCUACUAAUGUUUCACCUGCAUGAGGCCUUCAUUGAUUUUGCAGCAAAAUAUAAAGUGAUCAUUAUGUAGCUUCUGGAUUAAAAAAAUUUUGUGUAUUAAGUUACUUUGUAAAGAGCAUGUUGAAUUAAUGGGACAGUGUACCCUUAGUGUUAGACGUUAGAGCAAGAGAAAGGCUUAUAGUGUUGGCAUUGGAGCCCUUCGAAGAUAGAUCUUUUUAGAAAAGAUGUAAGAUUUAAAAAUUAAAUUUUUAAUUUUUGAAAAAGAAAUGAAGACAAUACGAAAUUGUCAUAAUGAAGUUCUUCAUCCAGCAGGUGUUUAACAGUGUUAUUUUGCCAUUAAUAAUGUGUAAACUAUGAGUGAUUUCCAAUAAAUGAUUAUGAAUUCGUUGGUGUUCUUGACCAAA